AUAGAAUUAGCUUCAAGUAUAAUAAAUUUUUUCUUUUCUUUUAAUUAUUUUAAAAAUUAAUUAUAUUUAAAUUUCUCAAUUUAGAAAGAUGGAAAUACAAGAUCCGCGCUGGAAAAAUAAGAUUAGCGUUUUGGUUUCCCUGACAACGAAAGUAGAGUGGGGAAAAUUCCUUUUGUUCGCGAAUAAAAUUUAGACAACAUUUAUCAAAAAAAAAAUAUUUUUAAAAUAAUGGAACUUAAAUGUAAAGUACAAACAUAUGAUUGGGGAAAAUAUGGUAUUGAUAGUACUGUAGCAACAUUAAUGAAAUCUGCUAAUAAAGAUUUUAUAUUAGAUGAAAAAAAACCAUAUGCAGAGUUGUGGAUGGGUACACAUCCUAAUGGUCCUUCAUAUAUAAAAGAUUUAAAUAUAUCAUUAGAAAAAUAUAUAAAACAAAAUAGUCAUGUAUUAGGAAAUGAUGUUCAAAAAAUAUUUGGUCAUCAGUUACCAUUUCUUUUUAAAGUCUUAUCUGUGAACAAAGCAUUAUCAAUUCAAGCACAUCCAAAUAAGGAAAAAGCAAAGGAAUUGCAUCAACAAUAUCCUACUAUUUACAAAGAUGCAAAUCAUAAACCUGAAAUUGCAAUAGCAUUAACACCUUUUGAAGCUCUUUGUGGUUUUCGUCCAAUUAGAGAGAUACAAGAAUUUCUAAAAAUUCUUCCAGAAUUACGUACUGUAAUAGGAGAAGCUAAAGUACUUAAAUUUAUGACAACAGAUGAAGCAGACAAUACUAAAGCUUUGAAAACAUGUUUUCAUAGUCUAAUGACUUGUGAUCCUGGAUUAAUAGCACUACAACUCAGAAAACUACUUGACAGAUUAUCUAAUUUGGAUGAAUCAUUAAGGCAAACUUUACAUGCUAGUUUACUAGAAAGACUAUAUUCAGAUUUCCCAGGAGAUGUAGGAUGUUUUGGUAUUUAUUUUUUUAAUUUCA